AUGUCGUUGAGCCCAAAGCACACUACGCCUUUUUCAGUGACAGAUAUUUUGAGUCCAAUCGAGGAGACCUACAAGAAGUUCAGUGGCAUGGACGGCGCAGGGAACCUAACCUCUCCACUGGGAGCCUACCGACAGCAGCAGGUGUCUCAGACCGGCAUGCAGCAGCACUCCAUGGGCCACAACGGCUCCGUGGCCACCGCGUACCACAUGCCGCACACCGUCUCCCAGUUCUCCCACAGCGCCAUGGGGGGAUACUGCAAUGGGAGCAUUGGCAACAUGGGAGACCUCCCGUCGUACCAGGAUAGCAUGCGGAAUAGUGCAGCAGCAACAGGGUGGUACAGCUCCAACCCCGAUCCCAGAUACUCCACAAUUUCUAGAUUCAUGGGACCUUCCACAGGUAUGAACAUGACCGGCAUGGGCAGUCUCACAGGAAUGGGGGACGCCAACAAAUCCAUGCCAGCUCUCCAUGCGCCCAGGAGGAAGCGGCGCGUCCUGUUCUCGCAGGCUCAAGUGUACGAGCUGGAGAGGAGGUUUAAGCAGCAGAAAUACCUGUCGGCGCCGGAGAGGGAGCACCUGGCCAGCAUGAUCCACCUGACACCGACCCAGGUGAAGAUCUGGUUCCAGAACCACCGCUACAAGAUGAAGCGCCAGGCCAAGGACAAGGCGGCGCAGCAGCAGCAGCAGCAGCAGCAACAGGACGGGAACCUGUGCCAGCAGCAGGCGCAGUCCCCGCGGCGCGUCGCCGUGCCGGUUCUGGUGAAGGACGGGAAGCCGUGUCAGAACGGCUCCAACACACCGACCCCGAACCAGCAGCAGGUCCAGCAGCAGAACCAGCAGCAGCAGCAGAACGGAGCGGGAGUGGUGCUCGCCUCCUCGGCCGGCAGCCUCAGCCAGCAUCAGAGCCAGCAGCAGGUGAACGCUUUGGAGCUGGAGGAGAUGUCUCCCAGCCCCCCCUCACUGCACAGCCAGCUCAACAUGGCCCAGAUAGACACAUCUGCUGUAGAUUACACCAGUAACAUGGUCAGCUCAAACCUCCUUUACGGCAGAACGUGGUAG